AUGGAGGUAUAAUUCAUUUACUAUUUUAGGAACUGAGCUUCAUAAAAGAAUGGUUUUAAAAUUCUAAAGGCUUUCUAUAUAAAGGAUAUUCAAAAAUUACAUAUUAUAAUGCUAAUACAGACUAAUUGCAAUAUACAUUUUAUUUUGAAUUUUCUAUGAUUAUUAAUAGAGAGAGUGAAGGAUUUACUGCUUUUAAACCAUUAAGUAGUAAAGCAACCUCUACUUGUAAUCCAAAUAAAGAAUGUGUUACUUAAGAUGAUACUAUAUCUACAACAUAAUCAGGAUGA